UUUGAUUUCUUUCUUGUUUCUGGUGCUAGCAACAGCGGAAGAACCAGUAGUGAACCCUUGUUUCUCGUUACGAUCCAUGGCGGAGCUUAAAGAAGCUACACCACUGCAGCUGAAAGCUUUGAAGGAGGAAGGUAAAACAAGAGCAUAUUAUGAGAAUUUUCGUUAUUUAUAUCAGUUUCAUUGGAAAAAGAAUCGUUCUCCAACUCGAGAGUACUAUCUUCAGAAGUUCUCAAAGCUAAUGGAUGAAGCAAUGAUGGAGUUGAGAGUGAUCCUUUUAACUAAGAGUACUACAUCAAUUCCUGCUAUCGAUGAAGAGAAAGAUGAAUAUCCCUUGUUAGUUCCUUCAUAUUUCUUUCAAGAAGAAGAUGAAUCUCUGGAUUUCAGAUUGAUUCCUACAUUUUUCUUUGAAGAAAAGGAUGAUUCAGCAGUGGUACACUCGCAUGAAGAAGAAGAUGAAUCUGUGGACUGCAGAUUGAUUCCUCCAUUUUUCUCUGAAGAAGAAGAUGCAUGCAGAUUGAUUCCUCAAUUUUUCUUCGAAGAAAAGGAUGAUUCAACAGUAGUAGACUCACGUGAACCACAUCUCUUCCCUAAUUGGAGUGUUUUCAUGAAUUUUUACAAAACACCAAUUGGUAAAGAGAUCCUGAAUUCUUACAAACCACUAAUUGAGGAGCGACCACGAGUAGAGACGGGGAAAGAGGCAAGAGUUGAAGAAUCUGCUGUUAGAGUAGAGUUAGAGAAUGAGAUCAUGCAGUUGAAAUCAGAGAUAACCUCCUUACAGGAAACUGCUUAUUCGAGAGAGGAGUUGCUUCAGACCCAGAUUUCACAAGGCGAAGCAGAAAACAAACGUCUCAAGGAGCUUCUUGAGAAAGAAAAGAAGAGGGGAGACGCUGAAAAUAAGAAGGCUGAAGCGGAGAAGAGGAAAGCUGCAGAAGCAUUGAAGCUAUUGAUAGCUGAACAAAACAAGGCUGAAGCGGAGGAAAAGAAAGCUGCAAAAGCGUUAAAGCAGAGUAAAUUGGAUGGAGAAAAACAGCUGGUUGAUAAAGAUCUUAUUCAAAAGAAGGUCUCCGACAAGGUAGCUGAAAUUAAUCGUCUGAAGGAGUUAUUGGCAAAAGAAAAGAAGAGAGGAGACUCCGAAAAAAAGAAAGCUGAGGCAGAAAAGAAAAAAGCUCUGGACUCACUCAAAUUACUGGAAGCUGAGAAGAGUAAAUUGGAUGGAGAAAAAAAGAUGGUUGAUAUAGAAAGAAAUCGAGCUGAGGAACUUAAGACCAGUCUGGAAGCCUUGAAGUCAGAGGCUAAUGAAGCAAGGAUAAAACUUGGUAUAGAGAGAUCAAUGUAUGAAGAAGCACAGAAAAAGCUAGAAGCUGAGAAAAACAAGGCAAAUAGGGAGAAGAAAAGAGCAGAUUCUGAAAAGGCAAAAGCAGAGCUACAGAAGAGGUGUGCUGAAGAAGAGAGGAAGAAGCUAUUGAAUGAAGAAUAUAGGUCAGAUGAAUUGUCUAGGAGGCUGGAAGAGGAGAAAAAGAGGAGUGAAGAAUUGGAAAGGAAGGUUCAGGAUAUCAUGUACACUGAGAAGGUGGAGAAGGUCUUCCCUGAAGAGUCAGAUAGACGGCAUGAAAAUUUAAACACAAAUGCUGCAAAUGCAAAUGUGGUGUUCUUGGAGAAACACUUGGAGCUUGAAAAGAAGCAUGUAAAGCAUGCUAAAAAGGUGGCUAAGUUUGAAAAAAGACGCAAUGAUUUGCUACAGCAAGAGAUCUGUCGCUUAAAACAGGAUCUUCACCAGUUCUGUGAUCGACUUAGUUUACUGUAUGGUUGUUUCUGUUGUGGAGUCGAAGGGAUAGAUGCUUCAGCAAAGGUACACCUCUAGGUGCGCAGAGCAAGCGGAAGCAAAGCUUGCCCAAGAACUGAAGCUGCAUAAGGUCUGUUUUUUUGGAAAUUGUCAGGCAUUUAUCAAAGCUAUAUGUAGUACCAUGUCAUGUGUGAAACGGUGCACUGCUCUUAUUUUGUUGGAGUGUAAAUUUGCUCUUAGCAAAUCUCCUACCUAUGUAUAUAAUAUAAAUAUGUUAAUAGAACAAAGAACCUGGUGGCUGACACC